AUGGCCGUUGGCGGUUUUGAUAUUGCAGAUGCAUUCCGUAGUAGCUUAGAUCAUUCAUCUAUAAUUGGGGAGAAUGUUGUUAUUGAGGAAAAGGAUGGAACUGUCGACAACCCAAAUACUGACCCAAUUGCAUCACAACCUAAUAAUCCAGUAAACACGCCAGAGACACCCGAAAGCCCGAGACUUAAAUCACCCCCAAUUUUGGAAACUCCUAAACAGAUCGACGAAGUUAUUGUAAAACAUAAGCCGCAGACUCUUUUUAAACUAUCUUUGACGAAGAAUAAAGAUGAUGUUUUUGUUAAACCGUCCCCUGUCGCCGAGUUAAUGUCUCCCGCCAAAAUGCUCCAGUUCGAAAUCGAUUUAACUAAUAGCUCCACACCAACAAUGAAGCGGGCUGCCAUUGAUUUUAAUUUCUUCAAUAAAAACAACUUUGAGGAAUAUUUUACUGACGUACCUAAAGUUCUAAAUAACCCUGACGCUGAGACGGAAGGUGGGGCUUUUAUUGAAACGCCAGUCAUUGUCAAGGCCGACACUAUAAGACAUGAAAUUGGUUAUGGUAUAAGGGCGACCCCGAGCGGCAGACAUAGGGGGUGUCUGUCGCUCAUUAUGGGGCUCGUGAGGGGUGCUGUGCUUAUUACACCGGCACAGCACCUUUUAGAAGAGGAGGCCCAAAAAGGCCAUAGCCCCGCCGGGGUCGCGGAAGAUUCCCGUGGCCGAAGCGACACAAAAAAAAAAGAAAAAAUCAUGGGA